AAUAUACAAAACACUGCAAAGGGAACGCGAGUUUACCAACCUCAGCUCUGGAAUUCAUCAAGCCCAACCAGCCAGCCACCUCGAGAUCGAGCCCAGAAUUUAAACACGCCACGCGAACCCGCCUACGAUAAUGCAGCCCACUGCCCUCUUUGGAAUUCUGCUGCUUCUCUCUUCGCAAGCACAGGCUGCACCGUCGUCGCUUCACUCUCACCUCCAACGCCACAGAGAACGCGCCGCAACACACGCUCACUUGAGCCACCAGCACGCAAAGUUAAACAAGAAAGUCGAGCCAGUCGAGCCCGAACCCGAAGCGAUGAAGACCUUUAGAGACAUCGUACCACUAUUCCAAAAUCUCAUUGCCACGGAAAAACCAUCAUCACCGUCACCCUACGUUGAGUCGACGUUGACGCCUCCUCCGUCUCCAAAGCACAAUGAUGCAGCAUCAGAUCACAUCGACUCAGACUCCGACGACUCACAGCAACUACGGGGAGUGAGGACGAACUCGGUCCGCGAGCGACAGACGUUACCUGACCGAGCUAAGCUGGCGGCGAUGGGUCGAGGGCAGAGCCGCGUGAGGUCGGUCGCGGAUAUCGUCGACAGCCGGCAUGCCGACUCUGCGAUGCGGUUGCUGCGAGCUCACGCUGUUGUCAAGCAUAACAGAUUUCAGCGCGAGAUUUGAGAGAGAGCGUGAUGGAGAUGGCGUGUUUCCGAAUGCUUGUAUUUAGAUUUGGCAUGAGUUGGGCUUUUGACAGCUAUGAUCUUGGCGGCUGUUGACCCAGCUGCCUAGUAGUUUGUGCGUGCACGGAAUGAUGAGAUGAAGAACCUAAACCCGCUGCGGGAUCGGCGGGACGCGCGACGAUAGCAAUUGAUGACAGGGCUGGCGAUAUUUUUAGAAUGUAGAAUAAUACCACUUUUCGCCUAUAAUGGACGCUUGUCUUGAUUUUCCAAGGUGCCUUGCUUGAUGUUGAUCGUUGGCUGAGGCGAAAAA